CGGGCACCGCGAUCUGUAAAUAACCUGGUCUGUCCAAGACACUGGGCAGGAUGUCCGAUACAGUUCUCUGGUUCCUUGAAGCGGAGAAGAAAAUUGAGGUUUGACAGGUAGAGAUUCUGUCUACCAAGGCCAUGAUGGCCUGGGAACGGGGAAGGAUCGACUAUAGAUGUUUGUUGAAGGAAAGAACACACAUUCACCCACUGUCAUCUAACGUAUUCUGCGGCGACCAGUACUCGUUUUCCUUGCCCUGUGCAUCCAACCAAACAAGACCAUCCGCCAGAAGGUCGUCAACGACGGUCUGCGCUCUCGCUCCCACAUCAAGCCCAGUGAUUCACCUUCAUGUAUUCUUCAUCGCUGAAGUGCGAACCACUCAAGACCAGGCACUAUUUUUAGUGCAAACUAUAGGAACGAAGAAUCAGAUGAAUAGGUUGAUUGACGAUGUCAGGAGCCGAGACUUUUCUUAUCAUGCUGACGAAAAAUGCCAUCUGUACUCGGAUCUCAUGACUAGGGUCGGCUUUGUCAAAUGUUCAACUGCCGACUUCGAACGAAUUCGUGACCGCGCAUUCUACGAGGAGUGCGCUUCGAAGCAUUCCAUCGAUCUUGAGGCGGUCGAUCGUUGUGUUGCCAGAGAUGGGGGAGAGUACGGUUAUAAGCUACAUCGGGAAAGUGUUCAGUGCUCAAUGUUCUAUCGAUUUCGACUGAACGAGGAAAUUUAUUGCAUCCGGGAUAAGGGCGUUUGGAGAGUCUACCCUAACGGUGCUAGUGUUGAUGACCUUGCCAAUGCCAUCGAACGGUUGCAUAAUGCAGGGACACACCUGUGA